ACGCGAUGACGUCAUGGCGGCGUGCCCCUGCAGCGGUUUAAAGCUGUGCAGGAAACCCCGUGCAGCGCCAACGCCCGGUGCAGUCGCUGCCGCGUCCGCCCGUCGACACAACAAUAGAUUCAAUAAAGGUGGAGACUUGAAAGUGAUCUACAACUAUGCAGACCAUUAAAUGUGUUGUAGUUGGUGAUGGUGCUGUUGGUAAAACAUGUCUCUUAAUCUCUUACACGACAAACAAAUUUCCAUCAGAAUAUGUUCCCACGGUAUUUGAUAACUAUGCUGUGACAGUUAUGAUUGGAGGUGAACCAUAUACCUUAGGACUGUUUGACACUGCAGGUCAGGAAGAUUAUGACCGAUUACGACCACUGAGUUAUCCGCAGACUGAUGUUUUCCUUGUGUGCUUUUCUGUUGUGUCGCCAUCAUCAUUUGAAAAUGUUAAAGAAAAGUGGGUACCUGAGAUAACUCAUCAUUGUCCAAAGACUCCAUUCCUGCUGGUUGGGACUCAAAUUGAUCUAAGGGAUGACUCCUCGACCAUUGAGAAACUUGCAAAGAACAAACAGAAGCCCAUUAUCCUUGAUAAUGCUGAAAAGCUGGCCAAGGAUCUGAAAGCUGUCAAAUAUGUGGAGUGUUCUGCCCUGACACAAAGAGGUCUGAAGAAUGUUUUUGAUGAGGCUAUCCUAGCUGCUCUCGAGCCACCGGAAACUCAAAGGAAGCGGAAAUGCUGUAUAUUUUAAGUGUCCCUGUUUUUCUGUAUGCAGUCCAAUAGAGAUGUUGUUCAAAUGAAUCCGUUUAAAUUGUUUCCCUCUCCAUAUGGAAAUGUAAAAGUUGCUGGAUGCCAUUUUGAACCUUUCCAAAGUUUCUACUCAUGUAACUGUGAUGUACAUCUAGGUAUUGUACAGUUGCACCUAUUUUGUAGGUGUUAAUUUGGUUGAAAUAAAAUUGACUCAAAUGUUCUGGUUCAUAAUGGAGAGCUGUAAAAAUGGAACUGAUGGCUUUCAUGGGUCCUUGUCUUGCUUUUAUCCUUUGCAAAUGUGGCAAAGUAACAGUCACCUUCUGUUUGUCAUUGGCUAACUUCAACUGAAUAGUGUCACUUAAUGGUAACAUUGCAGUAUUGUUCCUGCCUCUACUGUGACUUCUGUGCCAGAUCUUUGGGUUCUUGGUCCCAUAGUUGUAAAACUCGACCUACCAGUAACUUUAAAUGCUCUUUUUCCUCUUCUCUUCUUCCCCCUCCUCUCCAUCCCUGCUUUAUUUAAACUGGAUUGUUUUAUCCCAUUUUAUUUUGCAUAAUGUUAGUAAUCCACUGCAAAAUUAUACCUGUUGAUGCUGAAGAGUUGACUUGCUCAAUUAAUGUAACUAGAGACAGAUAUGAGUAAUAUUGCAAUGGGACUGCAGUGGUGAUUAAAUAGUAAAACCAAACUGCAACUAAAUUAGAAUAAAUGGUCCUUAAUUAGCUGUUGUAUAAAUGGAAUGGACAGUUUUGGUGUCUUGAAUGUUAGGUGCUUAAUAUCUACAUAGUCCUACAUUGUUGAAAUUAUGAAUGUUGUAUGUUCUAGACACUACCAGGAAUCCAAACCUCUCUCAAUAACAGUUUUAAAUUGAUAUUCAUAAAAGCUGUCUUUUAAUGGAAGACAGUUUUAUUAAAUCCUUUUAGCUAGGACCAAGGAUGUUAGUGGUAGUUGUAUCGUGUAGUAGGUUUUAUAGAGUUGUAUACAGUAAAUAUCAGCAUGUUAAUGCUAACAUCACAGAUGCAAGUUUUAAAAUUGUAUUGCUAUUUCAUAUGUGCAAGGGAAAUGCAUGUCUAGGUAAUUCUACUGCUGCUGUUUGGGAAGUUAAUGAACUUUUAAGUGAUGGGUAAGACCCCCCCCCCCCCCCCCUCCCCCUGGCUCAGCUCAUUGGCAAGAAAUUGCUUAAAACGUGAUCCCAUAAACUUCCAGGUCUAUUCAUUUGUUUUUGUUUAAUCUAUUGUGGAUGAGGCCUUUUAUUCUACAGCUUUCAUUAGUGGUUUGGAACUUAAGCACUGUAAUAAACCUGUCAAGAGUAUAGAAAGGAGAGAUCAAGGAUUACCGUGUUAUUGGAAAAUGGGGAUAAUGAAGUGAUUCCUUCACUCCCAAUCUACCUUUUGAUUUGCAUAUACUUGAAUCCUUGUAGUUAAUCCUUUAGAAUUAUUUAUUAACAAAUCUCAUCAGGAUAAAUAUUUUUAUAAUUAAUUUUGAACUACAUCUUAAUAUGUCAACAAGAUUUACCUGGCUAUUUGUUUGGUUCUUGUGUUUUUUUAUUUUGAACCUGUAACCAUGAGACCCCACCUUUCUCUCCCACUUUUCAGAAAGGACUAAAGAAUGUAUUUGACGAAGCAAUAUUGGCAGCCCUGGAGCCACCAGAACCCAAGAAGAAAAGACGUCCCUGUUCACUGUUAUGAACAGUGUCUGCAGGCUGACAUAUUGAAGCAUUGUUUUAAAAAAGUUAAAUCAUCCCGCAAUAACACUCUGCACAAAACCAUGAGGGCGAUGAUGGGAGGAAUAGAAUAGCCAAUGGUAAAUUUGCCCCUUUUGUAAUGUAACAUUUGAGUAGACAUAAUGAAUUUUCUGUUCAACUUUCCACUGGAUACUUGUCCAUAACUAGGUUUUAAUCUGCUGUUAUAAAAUUCCUUGCCACAGGCAUGAAACUUGCACAGUAUUGCUUCUGUUUAAUAAACUAAUGGCUUUUUGUAAGGUAUUGCCACGCUCCAAAAUGCCACAUCCAGCAACCUAGCAUCACUGUUGCACAUUAUGUCACCAACUGAAUUAGUCUGUUACCACUUGGCUCUAAGAAUCAUAAUUGGAUCCCUUGUACCUUGGUGUGCAUUAAUGGGGAGCUUUAAUUUUUGGCUAAAUCUUGACUACAUUGCAACAUGCAAAAAUGUUUUUGUUAAUUUUCUCCAUUAGUUACACAAAUUUCAAAGGCCAAAAACAAUGCCACUGACUGUUCAAGGAUCGGUAUGCAAAUAUAGUGGGUCAUGGUGAUUGCACAAAAAUAUGUUUUUAGCCCAAGCUGGGUAUUGGAUCUGGUUGGUGUUCCCAUGCAAUCUGCUAGAUGAUUUGAGUGAUUAAGAUGCUGGUGAUGGAUUGUUGCACUUGGGAGAGAUGUAGGAGAUACUCGUACACGUGCAGACUGGAUUCCUGUGGGAAUGCUAAGGAUCUCUUGUAGAGUUCAGUGUUAAGAUUUGACCAAAUUUUUGAUUUCCAUUUUGAAGAGUGUGUUUCAUUAUCCUUGUAACUUUGGUUUAAAAUGAGCUUUAUUUCAUGUUGAGUUCUUUGUAUAUGCUUUUUCAAAAUAUUAAACUUGUACCUUCAAUGGCCUUCAUCCUUAUUGAUGUAUUGAGAUUGAUUGCCAAUUGGGCUUUACCCUUUUUGCCUAAAACCAAUACUGUAUCAGAUUUGACAUUUCGUGGCAUUAGCUUUUUUCUGUAUCUGUUGCUGCAUUGGCCACGUGUAGAUAAGAUGUUUGCUGGUAAUUUUGCAGUUCAUAUCAGCUUAAGUUUAACAUUAAAUCUUAACUAUGGUCUCGAUCCAGAAACUAAUCCUUGAAUCUGAAGAUUAAAUUGUAUACAUUCUGUUAAUUCAGCUUGAGGCAUGGGUAGAUCUGAACUCGAUAAUUCAAUUAUUUACUAAUGCUAGUGAAAGUGGUCCAGGGUUGCACACAAUUUUAAAGGAAUAUGCUGAAUGAAAUUGAGGCAACAAUGAAGCCAUGUGUAAAUAACUAUGCUAUUUUGUUUGGUAAGAUCUACAAUAGUGAUUGCACAAAAACUUGGCAGUUUGUAACUAAAAAUAUGGAACUUUUCAUUGAAGAUGCUGUGUGCAUUGGAUCUUUCCAUUGUAGCAAUAGUUAUGCGAUCUUCAACGCAAAACCAAUGUACUGUAUUAGAAAGACAGACAGAGCAAGGUAAAAUCGAUCUUAUCGGUUGCCGAGUCCUAAGGAUAAUGGGCAACAAACUACAAGGAUGCUGUCAAUUGCAUAUGAAAAGCAGAAAAGGCUGUUAACAUUUCCAAGUUGCAUUGGUGUAUUUAAUUAUUAAACUGUCCACUUAUUAGCAUGGAAUCGGGUGCAAAGAGAAUUAAUGACGUUGCAUGUAUCCAUGUCAGAAUGCAUGCAUUCAAUUGCAUUAGAAUUGCAGUGUUGUCACUGUGCUUGCAUACUUUGAUCAUGGACUGUAGCAGUUGUUGGGGCCACAGAAUGUAUCAUGUGAAUUUGUAACUUGCAAAUUUUACAAAUAUUGAAUGACACAUUAUUUACACAAGCCUAACCCAACAGUUCAUGGAACUCGUGUAGCUCUAGUGACAUAGUUUGGAGAUUGUAGAUUUACGGUAUCUGUAUGGGGAAAAAAGUUGUCUUGAAGCAUAGUGAUUAAUUCUAGUCUUAAAAUGUAGCAUGUAUGUAUUUUUCCUACUCAACAUUAAAAUGGUACAUUUUAAUUUU